UAAGGCCACGUAAAAACAGACACUACUCCUUGUUAACUCAGAUACAGACACUUUCCAGGUCACUUGGCUCCUGUUUCUUGCCUAGUAGUACCUCCUUCUCCUCUGUGGUUUUGAAGUAAAGAACAGCUCGAAUUUUUUUUGGUUCAGCUCAUGCCAAAUGGUUAUUUGAGGUGAGUGGACAACUUGAACCUUAUUCUCUGAAUUAGGCCAGGAGAAUCCAUGGAGAGAUACCUGAUUAACAAUAAGUGGGAUACUAUAAAAAGAGGAUGCAGGUAUUAGUGACAGGUGGUUGGUUAUUAGUGUGCCAGCAAUUUUCAACUUAACUACCAUACUGCUACUAUUUUUCAGCAGAGGGGCCUUAAAAACAUCCAGGUCUUUCAGGCUGACUUCUAAUAGCAUCACUACAAGAAUUUAAUAGCAAAAAUUUAGAGAGCAAAUAUUUGCCUUCCCAGCUUCCAUAGAGUUCACUCAAUUGGCCUUCAAUUGGUCACGCCACAACCUCCCACUCACAGUCUCCGAUGGAAGAAGUCUACAUUUAGUAACGUAAAUACUGGCUGGUUUAUCUCAUACCCAUGUCAAGGUGAGCUUGUCGUAUAAAGAGACACCAAUUCCCUUUAUCACCAGUCUCUCUGUCAAGUCCUGCAAGAAUGAAGUUCCUGACCCUGCUUUUCCUGUUGUCGGUGGGCGCAGCCAGCGCCGAUGUCUCUCCCCGGGCCAUGUGGCUGUUCCGCAAGUUGAUCAAGUGCACCCUGCCAGACAGCCACCCACUGCUGGACUUCAACGGCUACGGCUGCUACUGCGGCUUGGGAGGCAGCGGGACUCCAGUUGAUGAGCUCGACAGGUGCUGCCAGGUACACGAUAACUGCUACGAACAGGCAAAGAAAUUGGACUCAUGCAGAUUCCUCCUGGACAACCCCUACACCAAGUCCUACAAGUACAGCUGCUCCAAUGGGGAGAUUACGUGUAGCAGCAAGAACGACGAGUGCUCCGCGUUCAUCUGCAACUGCGACCGCACCGCUGCCAUGUGCUUCGCCAACACGCCCUACAACCCCGAAAACAAGUAUCUGGAUAAAAAGAAAUACUGCCAAUAGUCUCCCUCCUGCCCCUCAGGGCGGCCACAGGACUUAAAAACCACCUCAAUAAACGC